AUGGCCACAGAUGAUAAGACUUCCCCAACAUUGGACUCUGCUAAUGAUUUGCCUCGAUCUCCUACUAGUCCUUCUCAUCUCACACACUUUAAACCUUUGACUCCUGAUCAGGACGAACCUCCUUUUAAAUCAGCGUAUAGUUCUUUUGUAAAUCUCUUUCGAUUUAACAAAGAGAGAGUGGAAGGGGGCCAAGGAGAGCAGCCGUCUCUAAGUGGAAGUUGGGCCAGCCCUCAGCUCCCUUCAAGAACACAGUCUGUGAGGUCACCUACACCUUAUAAAAAACAGCUUAAUGAGGAACUCCAGCGGCGAUCUUCAGCAGUAUUAGACACAAGAAGGAAAGCAGAGCCUGCCUUUGGAGGUCAUGACCCUCGUACAGCUGUUCAGCUUCGAAGCCUCAGCACAGUAUUAAAACGCCUCAAGGAAAUCAUGGAGGGGAAAAGCCAGGAUAGCGACCUGAAGCAAUACUGGAUGCCAGACAGCCAAUGUAAAGAGUGCUACGACUGUAGUGAGAAAUUUACAACCUUUAGGCGCAGACACCAUUGCCGCUUGUGUGGGCAGAUUUUUUGCAGUCGUUGCUGUAAUCAAGAAAUCCCUGGAAAAUUUAUGGGCUAUACAGGGGACCUCCGAGCUUGCACAUACUGUAGAAAAAUAGCCUUAAGUUAUGCUCAUUCCACAGACAGUAAUUCCAUUGGAGAAGACUUGAAUGCUCUUUCAGAUUCCGCUUCCUCUGUGUCUGUACUUGAUCCAAAUGAACCUCGAACACCUGUUGGAAGUAGAAAAGCCAGCCGCAACAUAUUUUUGGAGGAUGAUUUUGCUUGGCAAAGUUUGAUUCAUCCAGACUCCUCAAAUACUCCUCUUUCAACAAGGCUUGUAUCUGUUCAAGAAGAUGCUGGGAAAUCUCCUGCUCGAAAUAGAUCAGCCAGCAUUACUAACCUGUCACUGGAUCGAUCUGGCUCUCCCAUGGUGUCUUCAUAUGAGACAUCUGUCAGUCCCCAGGCUAACCGGACAUACGUUAGGACAGAGACCACUGAGGAUGAACGCAAAAUUCUUCUGGACAGUGUUCAGUUAAAGGACCUGUGGAAGAAAAUCUGCCAUCACAGUAGUGGAAUGGAGUUUCAGGAUCACCGUUACUGGCUGAGAACGCAUCCCAACUGCAUUGUGGGAAAAGAAUUAGUCAACUGGUUGAUCCGAAAUGGGCACAUUGCUACAAGGGCACAAGCUAUAGCAAUCGGACAAGCCAUGGUCGAUGGACGUUGGCUGGACUGUGUCAGUCAUCACGACCAGCUUUUCAGGGAUGAGUAUGCGCUGUACCGGCCAUUGCAGAGUACAGAAUUUUCCGAGACCCCUUCUCCAGACAGUGACUCCGUGAACUCUGUGGAAGGACACUCUGAGCCAUCGUGGUUUAAAGACAUAAAGUUUGAUGACAGUGACACGGAACAGAUAGCUGAAGAAGGUGACGAUAAUUUGACUAAUUCUGCCAGUCCUAGCAAGCGCACAUCAGUCAGCAGUUUCCAGUCCACAGUGGACAGUGACUCAGCCGCGUCCAUCAGCCUGAACGUGGAGCUGGACAACGUGAACUUCCAUAUCAAGAAGCCCUCCAAGUACCCACAUGUGCCCCCUCACCCUGCUGACCAAAAAGAGUAUUUGAUAUCUGACAAUGGAGGACAACAACUCUCAAUAAGUGACGCCUUCAUCAAAGAAUCCUUAUUUAAUCGUCGAGUUGAGGAAAAAUCCAAAGAGCUGCCUUUCACACCUUUGGGUUGGCAUCAUAACAACCUGGAGCUGCUGAGGGAGGAGAAUGGAGAGAAACAAGCCAUGGAGAGGUUGCUCUCAGCUAAUCAUAACCACAUGAUGGCACUACUCCAACAGUUGCUCCAUAAUGAGUCAUUGUCACCAUCUUGGAGGGACAUCAUUGUAUCACUGGUCUGCCAGGUUGUUCAGACAGUCCGACCUGAUGUCAAGAACCGGGAUGAUGACAUGGACAUCCGUCAGUUUGUCCAUAUUAAAAAAAUUCCAGGUGGAAAGAAGUUUGAUUCUGUGGUUGUCAAUGGAUUUGUUUGUACCAAAAAUAUUGCACAUAAAAAGAUGAAUUCUUGUAUUAAAAAUCCCAAAAUUCUUCUGUUGAAAUGUUCCAUCGAGUAUCUCUACAGAGAAGAAACUAAAUUUACCUGCAUUGAUCCUAUUGUGCUUCAGGAAAGGGAAUUCUUGAAGAAUUAUGUUCAGCGAAUAGUUGAUGUUCGACCUACAUUGGUUCUAGUUGAAAAAACAGUGUCUCGGAUUGCCCAAGACAUGUUACUAGAACAUGGCAUUACUUUGGUCAUUAAUGUAAAAUCACAAGUUUUAGAACGAAUCAGUCGGAUGACCCAAGGUGAUUUAGUAAUGUCGAUGGACCAGCUGCUUACAAAACCCCACCUGGGCACCUGUCAUAAAUUUUAUAUGCAGAUCUUUCAGUUGCCUAAUGAGCAAACCAAAACACUGAUGUUUUUUGAAGGCUGUCCACAGCACCUGGGCUGCACAAUCAAGCUUAGAGGAGGCUCUGAUUAUGAGCUGGCUCGAGUUAAAGAGAUCCUAAUAUUUAUGAUCUGUGUAGCUUAUCAUUCUCAACUAGAAAUCUCCUUCCUCAUGGAUGAAUUUGCUAUGCCUCCUACGUUAACACAAAACCCUUCCUUCCAUUCUCUGAUUGAGGGGCGGGAGGAUGAAGGGACCACACAAGAGCCAUUCAGCGGAAGUCCCCUCCCCCGGGAGCCUGACUUUCCUUCAGAAUUUCUGCCCUCCGAUGAUAGCAGUUUGCUAGAAUCAAGGAUUGUGUUUGAGAAGGGUGACCAGGAGAAUAGAAGCAUUCCACAGGAUGUUGCCUGUUUGAAGCAUCAAGAGUAUGCCACAACGGCUUGCCCCACAGGGAUCCCCUGUGCUCUCUUUCCAUCGGUCCCAGAAUCGUUGUUGCCUCUGCAUGUGGACGACCAGCAGGAUGCUGUGGGCUUGGAGCAGCCGGAGGCUUUGCAGCACCCAGAUGAGCUACAGGAUCCCAAAAGCCAGAUGAGAGCCUUUAGAGACCCUUUGCAGGAUGACACUGGAUUGUAUGUUACUGAGGAGGUUACCUCUUCUGAAGAUAAACGAAAGACUUAUUCUUUGGCCUUUAAACAGGAAUUGAAAGACGUGAUCCUCUGUAUCUCCCCAGUAAUCACAUUCCGGGAGCCCUUCCUUUUAACUGAAAAAGGGAUGAGAUGCUCUACCCGAGAUUAUUUUGCAGAGCAGGUUUACUGGUCUCCUCUCCUCAAUAAAGAGUUCAAAGAAGUGGAAAGCAGGCGGAAGAAGCAGCUGCUUAGGGAUCUCUCUGGUCUUCAAGGCAUGAACGGAAGUGUUCAGGCCAAGGCUAUUCAAGUCUUGCCCUCGCACGAGCUAGUGAGCACUAGAAUUGCUGAGCAUCUUGGGGAUAGCCAGAGCUUGGGUAGAAUGCUGGCUGAUUAUCGGGCCAGAGGAGGAAGAAUUCAGCAAAAAAAUGUAGACCCUUUUGCUCAUUCAAAGGAUGUACCUGGUACUUCAAGUGGCAGAUCAGGAAGCAAAACUGAUGGUGACGAGGAGAAAGGGUUGAUUCCGAGUGAUGCAGUGUGGUCAACAAAGGUGGACUGUCUGAACCCUGUUAACCACCAGAGACUGUGCGUGCUCUUCAGCAGCUCUUCUGCCCAGUCCAGCAAUGCCCCCAGUGCCUGUGUCAGCCCUUGGAUUGUAACAAUGGAAUUUUAUGGAAAGAAUGAUCUUACAUUAGGCAUAUUUUUAGAGAGAUACUGUUUCAGGCCUUCUUAUCAGUGUCCUAGCAUGUUCUGUGAUACCCCCAUGGUGCAUCAUAUUCGGCGCUUUGUCCAUGGCCAAGGCUGUGUGCAGAUAAUUCUGAAGGAGUUAGAUUCUCCAGUACCUGGAUAUCAACAUACAAUUCUUACCUAUUCCUGGUGCAGAAUCUGCAAACAGGUAACACCAGUUGUUGCUCUUUCCAACGAGUCCUGGUCCAUGUCAUUUGCAAAAUACCUUGAACUUAGGUUUUAUGGGCACCAGUACACUCGCAGAGCCAAUGCUGAGCCGUGUGGUCACUCCAUCCACCAUGAUUAUCACCAGUAUUUCUCCUAUAAUCAGAUGGUGGCAUCUUUCAGUUAUUCUCCCAUUCGGCUUCUUGAAGUAUGUGUUCCACUCCCUAAGAUAUUCAUUAAACGUCAGGCCCCAUUAAAAGUGUCCCUUCUUCAGGAUCUAAAGGACUUCUUUCAAAAAGUUUCACAGGUAUAUCUUGCUGUUGAUGAAAGACUUGCAUCUUUGAAAACCGAUACGUUUAGCAAAACAAGAGAGGAAAAAAUGGAAGAUAUCUUUGCACAAAAAGAGAUGGAGGAAGGCGAGUUCAAGAACUGGGUGGAGAAGAUGCAAGCCAGGCUCAUGUCCUCCUCCGCGGAUGCCCCACAGCAGCUGCAGUCUAUCUUCGAGUCCCUCAUUGCCAAGAAGCAGAGUCUGUGUGAAGUGCUUCAGGCUUGGAACAACAGAUUGCAGGACCUUUUCCAGCAGGAAAAGGGUAGAAAGCGACCUUCAGUUCCUCCAAGUCCUGGAAGACUGAGACAGGGGGAAGAAAGCAAGAUAAGUGCAAUGGAUGCGGCUCCACGAAAUAUUUCUCCAGGACUUCAAAAUGGAGAAAAAGAGGACCGCUUCCUGACCACCCUGUCCAGCCAGAGCCCCGCCAGCUCGGCGCAUCUGCAGCUGCCUACCCCCCCGGAAGCCCUGCCCGAGCAGCUGGCGGGAGCACCCCCUGAGCUCGAUACAGCCAGCAGUUCCGAAGAUGUGUUUGAUGGACAUUUGUUGGGAUCCACAGACAGCCAGGUGAAGGAAAAAUCAACCAUGAAAGCCAUCUUUGCAAAUUUGCUUCCAGGAAAUAGCUACAACCCUAUUCCAUUUCCAUUUGAUCCAGAUAAACACUACUUAAUGUAUGAACACGAACGGGUACCCAUUGCUGUUUGUGAGAAGGAGCCCAGCUCCAUCAUUGCUUUUGCUCUCAGUUGUAAAGAAUACCGAAAUGCCUUAGAGGAAUUAUCCAAAGCGACUCAGCGGAACAGUGCCGAAGAAGGGCUUCCAACAAAUAGUACUUUGGACAGCCGACCAAAGAGCAGCAGCCCUAUUAGAUUACCUGAGGUCAGCGGAGGACAGACAAACCGUACAGCAGAAGCAGAACCACAGCCAACCAAAAAGACUUCUGGAAUGCUGUCCUUCUUCCGAGGGACAGCAGGGAAAAGCCCUGAUCUCUCUUCCCAGAAAAGAGAGACCUUACGUGGAGCAGACAGUGCUUACUACCAGGUUGGGCAGACGGGCAAGGAGGGGACGGAGAAUCAAGGUGCUGAGUCUCAAGAUGAGGUAGAUGGAGGAGAUACACAAAAGAAACAACUCAUAAAUCCUCACGUGGAGCUACAAUUUUCUGACGCGAAUGCCAAGUUUUACUGUCGGCUCUACUAUGCGGGAGAGUUUCAUAAGAUGCGUGAGGUGAUUCUGGGGAGCAGUGAAGAAGAUUUCAUUCGUUCUCUUUCCCACUCGUCGCCCUGGCAGGCCCGUGGGGGCAAAUCAGGAGCUGCCUUCUAUGCCACGGAAGAUGAUAGAUUCAUUUUGAAGCAGAUGCCUCGUCUGGAAGUCCAGUCUUUCCUUGACUUUGCACCACACUACUUCAAUUAUAUUACAAAUGCUGUUCAACAAAAGAGGCCCACUGCAUUGGCCAAAAUUCUUGGAGUUUACAGAAUUGGUUAUAAGAAUUCUCAGAACAAUACUGAGAAGAAGUUAGAUCUCCUUGUCAUGGAAAAUCUUUUCUAUGGGAGAAAGAUGGCACAGGUUUUUGAUUUGAAGGGUUCACUUAGGAAUAGAAAUGUAAAAACUGAUACUGGGAAAGAGAGCUGUGAUGUAGUCCUGCUGGAUGAAAAUCUCUUAAAGAUGGUUCGAGACAACCCCCUGUAUAUCCGUUCUCAUUCCAAAGCCGUGCUGAGAGCCUCGAUCCGUAGUGAUUCCCACUUCCUUUCUAGCCACCUCAUUAUAGAUUAUUCUUUGCUGGUUGGACGAGAUGAUACCAGCAAUGAGCUGGUAGUCGGAAUUAUAGAUUAUAUUCGAACAUUUACAUGGGACAAAAAGCUUGAGAUGGUUGUGAAAUCAACAGGAAUUUUAGGGGGACAAGGUAAAAUGCCCACCGUGGUCUCUCCAGAGUUGUACAGGACUAGAUUUUGUGAAGCAAUGGACAAGUACUUCCUGAUGGUACCAGACCACUGGACAGGCUUAGGUCUGAACUGCUGA